CGAAAUCAUAUUUCCCAUCUUCCACAGAUCUUUCUCAAAUCAUCCCAAGACAAACCAAAAUUCAUCAGAAUGGGGUCUGCCAGUGUGCAUUCAACUAGAGUUUUGCGUUCUGCUGCUCGUGAGAACAUCAAGACGCCGCAAGAGCCAGUCUUACCAGAUCUGAUUAACACGGUCAAAGCGGGUCAACCAUUCCAGAAAGCUACGAGCAUCCAGGAAGAUGCACUCUUGCCACCAACACCAAUGAAGCGCAAAGCCCAUGAAAUCACGGAAGAAGAUGUCUCGUAUCAAGCUGAGAAGGAGAAGAAAGUAAAGAAACCAAAAGCCACAGGUGAGGAAAAACGGCUUCGCAGGUUCAGACCUAAGCCACCUCAGUCUUUCCAUGAGAUCUACGACCGGGCUCUUUCUCAGCGCUUUUACGUGCUUAAUCGCGCCAGAGGAGGAACCCAGGAUUGCCCUGAGGAAGAUGUUGAGAUGACCGGAUCCACGGGAAAUAUCUACACGGUUCAUGUUGGAAAACAGCCGCGAUGUACGUGCCCUCACCAUGAGAAGGGCCAUCAGUGCAAGCACAUCCUCUACGUCAUGAAGCAAGUUCUGAACGCGCCUUUUGAUCUCGUCUAUCAACUUGCGCUUCUGAGCACCGAACUUCAAGCAAUCUUUGCCUCAGCACCUCCCAUUUCUGCACCCGGACAAGGAGAGUCCGACAAGCGCAAGCCCAUCGAUGGCGAUUGUCCCAUCUGCUACUGUGAGCUUGAUGAGAAGAACCAAGAGUCUAUUGUUUGGUGCGCUGCCGCCUGUGGUCAGAACAUUCACGAGGAGUGUUUCAGAAUGUGGGCGCAGACGAAGCCCAGUGGGAACGUGACUUGUCCCAUGUGUCGCAGUGUCUGGAAGGGCGACGAGAAGCUUGUUGCACGCGUCCAGAAGGAUAAAGGUGCCGUGGAGGAGGGGUAUGUCAAUGUUGCGGACCAGCUUGGCAUCAGUCGUGACAGAGAUGAGUCGACCUAUUCGCGAUGGUAUGGAAUCCACCAGAGACGUCGAGACCCAAAUUGGGAGGUCAUGAUGUCGAAACUACCAGCCACCACUCGAACUCUUGUUGCACCAAAGAAGUGUCUUCCAGCAGAGUACACGGUCAUAGAGCAACCUAUACCAAAAAUCACCAAGCCAAAUAAGCUUCUUCUCCGUAUGAAAGCUGUUGCCAUCAACACUGGUGAAACACAGUUUGCAUCUGGACAGUUUGACUUGCUCUACAAGGCCUCGAACUUCCCGAUCCCAUUUGGAAUCGAAGGCUCUGGCGUAGUUGUAGAGAUUGGUCCUGCAGUUACAGAGUUCAAAGUUGGAGAUGCAGUCUACGGCAUGGAGUUCGAGAAACCUCAUCUCUCUAGACCCCCUGCAGCUUGGGCCUCGACAUAUGCCGUGACAGAACCACAGUUCCUUCAUAAGAAGCCAGAUCAUGUAUCUUUUGAAGAAGCUGCUGCUGUCCCAGCUCUGGCAAUAACUGCGUACCAGAGUAUCAAGCGUGGACUGCAGCUUCAAGGAAGAGAUAGUCUAGCAGGACAGACUGUUUACAUACCCGCUGCUCUCAGUGCAUCUGGCAAUACAGCUAUCCAGAUUGCGCGGAACUAUUUUGGUGCUGAGAAGAUCAUUUCUACUGUAUCGACGCCAAAGAUGGGCUUGGUCGAAGAAUAUCUUCCUGGAAUGGUCACUCAACUGUACGACUAUAAAACCCAAGACAUCGUCAAGCUCAUCGGCCGCGGCACCGUCGACUUUGCAAUAAGCACCCAAUUCUCCACCCUCAACGAAAGCAUCUCUAUCCUCAAAUCCGACGGUAUUCUAAUGAGCAUCGCCAGCAUCCCCAAGAGUGAAGUCAUGGUAGAAAUGCUCGGUCCGAAGUUCCCCGCAUGGCUUGGCUGGGUUCUUGAUCUCUUGCAGUACUGGUACUCGUGGAAGCUGCGUGGUACAAAGAUUCAGUAUGAGUUUAUAUCGGGGCAUCCAGGACAUCGGGGCGACAUGGAGGUUGUGGCGGAUAUGGUUGCCAAGGGGAUGGUCAAGGCUGUUCAUACGGCGGUGGAUUUGGAUGAUUUGGAGGAGGUGAGGAGGGGGUGUGAGAGGACUUACAAGAGUAAGGGAGGGAUUGGAAAGUUUGUGGUUCGUCCUUAGGGGGGGGGGGGAGAUAUCAGGUUUUGUGGUCU